GGAAACGAAGCAGCCGAUGUACUAGCAAAUCAAGGAGCCCAAAAAAAUAAAACAGACCUGCUAAACCUAGAUAUACCAGCAGAUUUUGACCUACAAGGAGCAAAAUUAGCAAUGAUAACACAAGUAUUAGCACACCAAGGAAUACAAGAAAAGACUCACAUAGAAUACAAAAGAACUACACUCAUGAAUCUAGACAUCACUAGACGCGCUAUAAAAGAAAUAUCGACAACAUUAGAAACGGAUGAUAAUAUUUGGUCGAGCUGCAGACACCCAGACAUAUCAAAAGCUUGGAGGGAC